UGCUUACUGCUUUCAGUAAGACCAAGAGGGACACAUUAAUACGAUAUACUGUUCUUUUCAAGAAGCAGAUCCCCAAUCCUGUAUCCUCUGCAAGCAAAAGUCUACUAACCACGGUCUGAUUUUGGCAUACUUCUGAUUUUAAACAGAAGCAAAUAAUUUCCUCAACCAUCAAAAUAAGUUCCUCCUCAAAACCUUGGAGGAUAUUGUGGAUUAUGAAUCGCAGCAUCUGUUGGCUGUGCAAUUUGUUCAGAGAUGGCACAAAUACAGUCAUUUCCAAAAUAAGUCUGGAAGAAGUACUGCUGUGGUCUCAGUCUUUUGAAAAGCUAAUGGCUACUAAAUAUGGGCCAAUCGUCUACAAAUCCUACCUGAAGACAGAAUAUAGUGAUGAGAACAUGGAAUUCUGGUUGGCUUGUGAAAGGUAUAAGAAGAUUUUAUCACAGAGGAAAAGAAUUUCAGAGGCACAGAAACUUUUCAAGGAAUAUAUCCAACCCCAGGCCCCAAAAGAGAUUAAUAUUGACAGUCCAGUAAGAGAAGGUAUUACCAUGAAGAUUCAGGAACCAACUCAGUCUUGUUUUGAUGAAGCUCAGAAAAUUGUUUAUCUGCAUAUGGAAAGAGACUCAUAUCCCAGGUUUCUUAGCUCAGAAAUCUACCAAAGCCUUAUCUUUACUCUUUCAGCCCAACAAAAAUCACCGAUCAAAAUGGCCGUGGAGAGAAGUUGGAAGUGACUGGAGAGGAAGAGAUACAUGUGCAGCAGCUGAAAAUAACCAAGAGAUGUUGGACAGUUAUGAAAGCAGCACAAAAUGUACAUACUGUAUAAUGAGACUUGUGUUAGGAGAAGGCAUUGGAUCGAAAAAUUCCAAAGUCAGCUGGCCUUGGCUACAGGCUGGGGAUGAGAAAACAGCUGCAUCAUACAGAGGUAUCCAACAAUGGUUAGCCAGAUAUCCUCAAGCUGAAGUUAGGGGAAUGUGUAGAUGUAUCGUGUAUGACUUUAUUUUGAAUCAAAGCUUCCCAAUUCAAGAUCCAGGAAAACAUUUGGUGAUGCUCCCCAAAAUUUGCUACUCGGUGAUAAAGAGGAAAUAUGAAAUGCAUGGGGAACAGUAAAUAUUUGAUUCAUUUAAUAUAAAUCCCAAGACAUUUAUACUUAAAUGAAAUUAAAUCAAACUUAGUUUGUGCCCGUCUCAUAAUUUUAUUCACUCCUUUGUCCUUGUUCAACAUAAUUUUAUCAAGUGCAAUCUAAGGGCUUCAGGCAAUAUUAUGCACUCCUCUGUUAAGUCCAACCAUGAACCACCACAGGUCAUCUAUGUGGUUAAAUCGGCCAUUUAAUUUUUGCAUUUGCAGGCAUGGGUGAUGUUGAUAGCAUUCAUAAACGGUACAUUUUACACUAAAUUUCACAUUUCAGCUAAGAGUGCAGGAUAAAAGCAGUUCAUUAAGUCUUUGCUUGAGGUUGGACACUGGUUAGUUUAAUGAGUCAUGACAGCAGUCGCCUCACAUAUCUGAUUACUGAGACAUGCAGAGAAAAACGUGUGGCUAAAUUAAUUCUGUGAGAGGUCUGUUUGCUGUCUGCCUGAGGUUUAUUAGAAUUGUGGAAACCCUGACAAUUUUAAUUCUCCUACUCCUCUCUGGGCUACCUGCCCACUA